AUGUCGGCCUUCAAGAAGAUCAAGGUCAAGAACCCUGUGGUGGAGCUCGAUGGCGAUGAGAUGACGCGGAUUAUAUGGCAAGACAUCAAAGACAAAUUCAUCCACCCCUACCUCGACAUCGACCUCAAAUACUACGACCUCGGCCUCCCCUACCGCGACGAAACCAACGACCAAGUAACCAUCGACGCCGCCGAAGCCAUCAAAAAAUACUCCGUCGGCGUAAAAUGCGCAACCAUCACCCCCGACGAGGCGCGCGUCAAGGAGUUCCACCUCAAGCAGAUGUGGCUCUCGCCCAACGGCACCAUCCGCAACAUCCUCGGCGGCACCGUCUUCCGCGAGCCCAUCGUCAUACCGCGCAUCCCGCGCCUCGUGCCGGGCUGGAAGGAGCCGAUCAUCAUCGGCCGCCAUGCGUUUGGUGAUCAGUAUCGCGCCAAGGACAUGGUUAUCGAAGGCGAGGGGACGCUCGAAAUGGUGUUUACGCCCAAGGGAGGCAAGCCGCAGACCAUCAAGGUGUUCGACUUCGGAUCUACGGGCGGCGUCGGCAUGACGAUGUACAACACGGUGGAGAGCAUUGGCGGGUUCGCGCAUGCGAGCUUCAAGCUCGCGCUCGACAAGAAGCUGCCGCUGUAUAUGAGCACCAAGAACACGAUCCUGAAGAAGUAUGACGGGAGGUUCAAGGACGUGUUCCAGGAUAUCUACGAGAAGGACUAUCGGAAGGAAUUCGAGGAGAAGAGGAUCUGGUACGAGCAUCGUCUUAUCGAUGAUAUGGUUGCGCAGAUGAUCAAGAGCGAGGGCGGGUUCAUCAUUGCUAUGAAGAACUACGACGGCGACGUGCAAUCCGACAUAAUAGCCCAAGGCUUCGGCUCCCUCGGUCUAAUGACCUCCGUCCUCAUAACCCCCGACGGCCUAACUUUCGAGUCCGAAGCCGCGCACGGAACCGUGACACGUCACUUCCGCGAGCACCAAAAAGGCAACGAGACCUCCACCAACCCGAUCGCGUCCAUCUUCGCCUGGACACGUGGCCUCGCCAAGCGCGGCGAGCUGGACGACACGCCCGAGGUGGUCGAGUUUGCGAACGCGUUGGAACGCGCGUGCGUCGAGACGGUCGAUGUGGAUGGCAUCAUGACCAAGGAUUUGGCGCUGAGUUGUGGGAAGAAGGAUCGGGGGAGCUGGGUUGUUACGGGGGAGUAUAUGGCGGCGGUGGAGAGGAGGCUGAAGAGGGGGUUGAAUGAGCGGUUGCAGGCAAAUCUGUGA